AUGCACUUGGAGCAGCGGGAGAAGCACACGCAGACGGAGGAGCUCGAGGCCGUCACUCCGAAGUAUGAGGGCCCCGCAAAAGAUGGAUAUAACGGACGCGGAGUUGGUUCGCUGGAAGACAACACGAUCAGGGGGGAAAUGAGCGUUUCGAGCGUGGAGACGAUUUGUUCCUAUUCCAGCGGGGGGGCGAGCCUGGGCGCAGCGAAGGAAACACAUGUGACGAGCGAAACAGGCCCAAAUGACGUCACAAACAUAGCCAACACAACGAACCGCGCAGACGUGACAAAAUUAGCCGAUACAACUAAGCGUGCAGAUGUAGUGGCCCGACCGAGGGAACGGGGGAGCACCCCCACCCCUGAUGAAUCCGCACACACAAAACAGACGGCGCUAAGUUGUGCACUCGGAAGAAUCAGCUCCAACUACGUAAUGCAUACAAGCAACAACACAAGCAGUGCUGGAGAAUGGAGCAGGAAGUUGAGCACCUCCAAUACAGUGAACCUGUGUAAGGUUACAAAAUUUAUGACCCUCUGUGAUGAACACCUUCCCGCCAGCGCUGCCUGCAUUGGAAAUGGAACCAACGGGGCGAAGAAGGUGGAGUGGAUGCCUCAGAAAAAUAUCCUCCCUUUGAAGAGUUGCCAAUUGUACAGUCAUCAGGUAAAUGUGACGCAGACUGAGCGAAGUUGCGAAAGUGACCAUAAGCAAGAUGCAGAAACGAAGACAGAUCCAAACCGGAGCGACCAUAACGACAAACAUAGCAAUUCCUGCAAAGCGAACAACCAAUUGGAAAGAGAAGAGGACCCAAGUUAUGAUCACCCUAGUAACAACAAAAGAGUGUUCAUCCAGGGGAUCAAAAGGAACUACCACACGAAAGGAGGAAAUACAUUUACCUACUUGAAUCAGGUUCUAGACAAGACCUACAAAGAGACUGUCGAGCUAGAUGGGUCCGAGUAUAUUUUUUUGUAUGACAUCAUAUGUGUUCAGGAUGGAGAUAUAGCUAGCCAAGUGGACGGAACAGGAGGAUCUACCCAUAGUGCCUCUUUCGGUGCAUCUACAGCAGUUCGUACAACCCCAUUAGAGGAAGAAAAUGAAGUCCUCACUUUGAACGCCUACAAUAAGUACGUAAACUUUUUUCAUAACUUAUCGAAUCAGCUGAAUAGAAUUAGGAGACUGAUCUACCCGAUCGAGGUGGACAUGUCAACGGGUUAUGCAUGCAGCGGGUCGUUAGCAAUUGCGCAUAAUAACGCAGACACAAAAAGGAAUGAUGCACGACAGGAACAGAUGGGAAGAUGUAGAAUGGUCGGCGGUUUCGACGAGACGAACCUGGAGUCCAUACAAACCCUCUUCUCCGAAGAAGCACACAUGACGGGUAGCCUGAAAAUGAAGCUCCUUGACAGGAUAAACGGUAUAUUUUUCACCGCCAUGGGGGCAAUUGGGAAGGAGGUUAACAGUACAGCUGGGGAGAAAUACGCUAAGACAGUUGCUAACCCUGUUGGUGAGUCCAUUCCUAGCAUGGCUUCCCACCUGCAUGUGAGCUGCCCCCCACGGAAGAACCAACUAACCCCAUUGGACGUCAACAAAGUUAUGCAACACAUGAAAGGCAGCGCAAACAGAAGAAUCCACGAAAGCGAUAUCUAUGACAUAAAGAUCGUGAAGAAGGGAUACUUCUACCUGUACGUCCGGAAUGGACAAUGGGACAACUACUACUGUGUCCUCUUCCAUUUAAAGAACAACGUCCUUUUCAAGAACGACAUUUUAUAUAGCCACUACUGCAGAGUUUACGACAGAGGGGUGCUACACAAUGUGCUAAACUCACCUGACUCCUACAGCAAUUAUUUCAUGGCCUUUUUUAAAGACCACCGUUUUGACAUGAGCAAAUUGUCCAACCUGGAGCUAGCCAUUAUGGUCAGAAAAAAUUAUUACCCCUUCGUUAUUGAGUUGUCAAGAAGUAAAAAGGCAAGCAUUCUCAUUCACACGGAUCAGGAUUUACUCCUCCAUGGUGAGCAUAUGCAAGCUCAGCGGGUUAGAAGCUCUCUCCUCCUUUUCGACAUUCACUCCGAUCCGUUUUAUCUGGUCCCCGUUGAGUGCUUGCCGGACAUUGGAGGUGCUAAAAUUACCAGGGGAGCUGCUAAUGAACCACCCCAAGGGGGUAUUCCCCCACGUGUCAAAGUGAAACUUCACUAUGGCCUGCUGAAGGAGUGGAACGACUGCCUCGACUCCGUGUUGGAGGAAGCCAAACAGAAGCAAACAAACCUUUCCGACAAACGAGGGCAGAGUGAGAAGACGCACUACGUCAACAAAAAAUUCAGCCAGUGGAUCGAGGCGUUUAAGAAGGAGAGGAACAUCCAGGACGGGGGUGCACCUCAGCGUAGGUAA